GUAAAAACGGAUACAUUUGCCAGUCGCUGUAGGGCGCCGUCCGGCAUGCCUUGUUUACGGUGAGGUCGGAAUACUAUCCUACGGCUCAGCUAAACGUUUUUGAAUAAACUUUAAUUCCAGUGAUCACAAAAAGAAGGACAGACAAGGAGAGAAAGAGAGAGCAAGGGGAUGUUGACUUAUCCCUCUGACUCACUCCCUCAGAUAGUUUGUCCAAUGGAUGAAGAUGCUAUUCCCCCAAACAGUUUCUGUAGUGCACCUCCCCACAGUGAACCUUCACCACCUCUCCUCCCCUUUUCCUCCAUCACUCCCAGCCGUGCAAAAGAUGGAAUAUCUGGGCACAGAAGGAGUGGCCGCAUUCAAGAGAUCAGAGCACAAACUCCUAAAAAGCAGAGCAAUACAGUCAGUGCAGCAGCUCCGAGACAGUCCAGACAGAAUCCGUCCCCCACCAAGAGACAAAGGGAGAGUGCAAACAUGGUACGGUUGUCGCAGUCCAAGCAGCGAAGAGCUCAAGGCACACAUGUGCAUGAGAAACAGAAUGAGGAUGGAAUUGAUAUUAGUUUUGCAGCAGAGCGCCAAAAUAAGCAAAAUGACCAGAAAAAACCACAGAAGAAACCAAAUGUCUCUGCUGCAGAGAAUGUAGUGGGGCAGAUUGCUGUCGAUACCACGCCGAAUCUUGACACAACCACAUCUGACAUGGGCAGAUUAGCUGUUGGACCCUCUGUCGAAAAUGCAUCUGCCCCGAAGGGAUGGGUGAUCGGCCCCUUGUUUCAGUCACUCAGAUCGAAGAUGGCCAGUUUCACAGAGAUAGUCAUGAGUCCUGUUAAACUCUUCAGAGCAAAUAGCCCCCCACCAUUCAUGGACCAUCCAGACAGACCUGAUGAGUGUGAGCCACAGGCCGAUGGAAUGUCUGAUGUUGAACACUCAGAGCCAGGCGAUAUGUUUCAUCCAGAAGCACAAAGUGAGAAUGAGAAUCAGGACACUGAAGCAAAGCAGCAGAGGCUCAGUGAAGUAGAAGGUGCACAAAAUGCAAAAACUGUUGCUCUUAGAUAUUCAAAAAAGUUAUCAUUUGAUGUGGAGUUGCCAACACACAGCUCUGAAUGGGCAGAUGAAUGUGCAAUAAGUCAGAAGGGAAAGCACUCACCUGAUUCUGUGCCUUUGCAUCACAGUCCCUUACCCUGCACUGUUUCUGAGGAAGUUUCAGAAUCCGUUGGGUCUGUCCUUAGGUCCUCUAUGCUGUUACAGCCUUCUGUCACUGUAAGUGCCUCACUUGAAUCAAAGUUAAUGAUUUCUGGUGCUACGGAGGACCAGAAAGGCAGACCAUUUGUUCAGCUGAAACCACUGCCAAGGAAAUGUACAGGAAAUCGAUCUGGAGUAAAGAAAGUUUCAUCUAAAGUCAAAAAGGAAGAGUCUGAUCCUGAGGUUAAUGAUGAGCAGGUUUCUUUCAUGAAUUCAGCCAAAUCAAACAAAGCUGAUUCAAGUGACACUGACAAAAUGCUGUCAUUAUCUUCCUCAGUCUGUUAUGCGCAGCCUGACACCGACUGUCCUCAGCCUAAUGAUGGUGAUAGCAGGAAAAAAGUCACUCAGAAAACUUUGGUUCGCAGGAGUCACAAGAAUAACUUAAAUUCCAGUACUAAUGGAAGGACACUGAAGCCUACUUUGGAUACUCAGCAGCUGGAGUGUCACUUAAACCCUGAAACUUAUUCAGCUGCAGGUGCUGGGAGAGCAAAGAGGGGGCUGAAACUGGACGGUCAUUCCCAAGACUUUGUAAAGAGGAAGAGACUGACAGCAGACAAAUGUACAAAGGAUCCAAAAACACAAGCGCUAUUAAAUGUGGCCUCAGAUAGUGGCAUAUUGAGGCCACCAAUAAAAGACGUGUUGACAAAUACCAUCGUCCAUAAGAAAGAAACGCUGAAGCCACCUCCAAAAAGACACCCUGUUUCAACAAGAGCAAAUAAGAGAGAAAACGUUCGACAAGAAAUGCUCGCUACAAUAAAUGAAACAGUGCUGAACACACAGAGCGAAAGUUCCUCUGAUGCGAUGUUGGUUUGCUCAUUGGAUAAAAGCAGUGGGAUUUCAGAGGACAAACAAAAGAACAGCAGCAGCAAGAUGAAGCCUGGUGCUUCAUGCAAAAGACUAAAGACAAGAACAGGUCUUGGUGCACCUGAUGUAAACAUGGAUAACAGUAUGGAUCUGGAAACCACCGUGGCAAUCACGUCCACAGAACAAGCCGAGAAGGCACCAUUAUCAGAAGUCCUUGUCCGUCCUCAUAUAAAGCAGCUCCAAAGCACAAGCAAGCAGAAGAAUAUCAACACAAAGCCACGGAAACGGAAAUCGCCAAACCAAGUGAGUUCAAGUCCAGAAUCGGACAGCGUUCUGGUUUCUACCUCACCAGCACUAUCAACAGAGCCACUAGAACUCACAUCCACAGAUUUUAAUACCUCUGAGCGUGUUCAAAAAGAGGACAGCCUGAAAAAGGAAGUGAACCAGCCGUUCAAGAGACCCAGGAAGAGUAUUAGAGGUGCUGUUAAAUCAUCUGCGUCAGGAGGGAGCGAAGAGACAAAACAAUGUAUGGAUAACCUCCAUUUGAUAACCAAAGAAAACAAGCCGAGAGAAGGCAAAGGUAAACACUCAAUGGACCCUGUAUAUUUUGAAAUGACACCUUUUGAAAGUAAUCAGGAACCUGGUCCUUCACCCUCCAAACCUAAAUUAGACUGUUAUGUACAAUUAGAUCAUGAAAUUAAGCAUAUCAUAGAUGGGAAAGAAUUGAGUGCUACUUCUGUGUCAGAUGAGGUGUUUUCCACUGACGCUGAAGCCAGUCACUACAGUAGCAGCAGUGUCUCCAGACUAAGGUCUAGUGCACGAAGGGCUAACAUUAGGCCAAGGAGAGCAGAUAACCAAAGGAGGAAAUGCAGGGUUUUGCAUAGUAGGACAUGUAAAGAUGAAGAGGCGACAAACACCGUCACAAUGGAUGAUGCAGACCUGGCUACAGCAAGUUCACAGUCAGCAGAAAAUGGCUCGUCAAGGUGCCUGUUGCGUAGCUACUCUUGCCCAGAGAUCCCCUCCCUCCGUCACCAUGACACGCCCUGGACUCCUACUUUGCAUUCACCCCAACACAGCAGGACUCACACACCACACCUGUACCAGUCCUCCCACACUCCCUCUGCCCACCAUGCCCACAAAUCCCUGCGCCGGGCUCGUCGGCACACAGUCUGCAGUGUGGAGGUGGAGAGGGAGAUUGCUCCUCUCUGCCUUCGUAAGGAGGUGUACCCAUCCAGAAGAUCCCUCCCAUAUGACAGAGCCACCCUACGCCUGUGUCCUAGUCUUGCUCUUUCUCCCAGCACUUCCCUCUCAGUGCUUGCGUCCUGUUUCCUCUCAAGCCCCCUGGCUUUCCUUUCUAAGAAAGUUGACAGUAGAGGAUCUUCUGCCAGCCCCAGCACUUCCAGUCAUGUUUCCUCUCCAAUCUCCUCUUCUUCUUCAAUAUCACAAUUGUUAUUCCCCCAAAGAAAUGACUCCUCCAGUGCUACGUUGGACUACAGUAGCAGUGGAAAUCCCUUGGAGUGUGAGAUGGAGAGAAGACAGCAGAGUGAAGAAGAGGAUGACGGCGAGGAUACGAGCUCAUCCAGUCAGGAGUUUGAGGAUGUUGGGAUGAGAGAAGAAAAGGCUUUGUCUGAUUCUGAAAUCAAGGUGGUGCAAAAGCAUGAGGAACGAGGAAAGGUGUCGUCAAUUAGAAUUCGGAAAACUUUACCCAAACCUCAGACCAACCUGACACCCAUGGGCCUGCCCAAACCCAUCAGGCUGAAAAAGAAGGAGUUCAGUUUGGAAGAAAUUUACACCAAUAAGAAUUUCAGCAAACCCCCUGAAAGCCGGCUGGAGACCAUAUUCGAGGUGCCUCUCAAUCGCAGAAAUGGCUCUGAGUCCUGGUUUGGCCAGAGACGUGUCAAACGAUUUUUGGAGUUCCUGGAAGCGGGUGAGGCCAGAAGACCAAAGAAGCCACUUGCUGGCAUUGGAAAGGCAGUAGCUUCAUCUUCCAGGACGAGACGUGGGGGCUCUCCUAAAGACGAGCCAUCCCUCAGCGCGCAGGAUGUGGACUCACUUCUCUGUGAGAAGCUCGAGCAGCUGAAUUUGUGGUUGAUACACGAUCAGAAAGACAGUUGACAGAUGCCGCCUCAAACAGUGAUUUUUUGGCAGCCAUUAAACAAACACUGCAAGAGACAAUUCUUUCUAAGACUGUUUCUAAUGUGUUUUCAAUACGAAGAUUCACAUGUGACUCUUCUAGCUCUUUUUGUGAGCACAAUCUGUGUAUGAUUGUUGUGGUGACAAGUUACUAUUGAAGAGUUACCUUUUCAUUCUGUAGCAUUUGUAGCCUACAAGUUGAAGAACAGUACAUCAUAGCAUCAGUGUAUUGCCUCAUAGAAGAUGGUUAUAGAUAUAGUGGUUAAACGCAUUAUACAGGAAGUUCCUUUUUUGUCAUGACUGCACUCAAACCUCUGCCGUCCAUUUUUCCUCCGGCCACUUUCCAUCUAAAAUAAGUGAAACUGUCUAAAAAAAAAAAGAAAAAAAAAGUAAAAAGUUGACAUUUUUGAUUUAAACACUUGUAUAGUUUCAUAACAUUUACAUUGUAUCCUCAGUUUUUUAACCUCAGAUGUACCCAGAGUGAUGACGCUGUUUUCUUUACAAUGACUGUUUCUUCUCUAAAAAUGCUACUGCAGAAUGCAUCAUUUCUUUUGCACUGUCACGUUUGAAAGAAGGCGCAUGACAUGAGUAGACAUCUUGCAGCAUUAUUGUAAGUUAGACCAUAAAGGCAGCUAUUUUUAUUAAGUGCUGAAUAUAACUUUUAAACAUGCCAGCAAGAGAUUUGUAUUAGCCGCAGCUAAUUUCACAAACAGGUGUCUGUCCACGGACUCUAUGUACAGUCACGUGUGUCUGCAAGCAGCAUGUGUUAAUCAUUUUACACGGCUGUUCUCUACUCAUUUAUCAAUUAUUUGUGUUUGUAAAUUUCAUGGCUGAAGAGGUUUUAGUUGUAUAAAGUAUAACUUAGAAACAAUACGGCACUCCAGAGAGCAUUACUAGUCAAGAGUGGAGGUGUCCAGAUUCCACUGCUGGUUGGCUCUCUAUUCCCUGUGGCUCUCUCUGGAUUAUU